CAACGAACGGCAGCUCCCAAUUAAUAACCCACGAUAAAUAUUUUCUCACUCCAUAGUAUAUAAAGGCGAUACUGGCAUAGCUGAAAUAAAUCAAGACACCCAUUUACAUUUCAUACUUCAACUUCAAGUUCUUGUCCUCCCAAUUGAUUCUGCAAUGGAUCCCACCCAAAACGACCCCAACUACACGCGAGUUAGCGGCUCAAGCGCUCAAUCAUACGUAGAAGGUGUACUCACAGGAAGCGGUGUUCUGAAAGAAAAUGCAUCGAUUAUUGCCAAAUGCCUCGUGCAAGCUGAUUUGCGUGGCGUGGAUACCCAUGGCAUAAAUCGUAUCCCAUCGUACAUGACUCGAGUACGAGAAGGAGUGUUGGACGCAAAAGCUACACCAACCCUGACCAAAAUUACUCCAGUUGUUGCCCAGGUAGAUGGACACAAUGGCUUUGGCUUUCUCGCGGGCCACCAAGGCAUGGCAUGUGCCAUCGAGAUGGCAAAAGAAUUUGGAAUUGGCAUGGUAUCCAUCAAACACUCCAACCACUUCGGCAUGUCGGCAUGGCUCGUACAGCAAGCCCUGGAUGAGGGCAUGAUGAGUUUGGUAUUUACCAACUCGUCGCCUGCUCUUCCCGUUUGGGGAGGAAAGUCGAAGCUCAUGGGAGUAUCUCCAAUUGCUUGCGGGGCUCCUGGUGGAAAGCAACCACCAUUUAUCUUAGAUAUGGCCCCAUCAGUAGCAGCACGGGGCAAAAUCUACAAAGCUAAACGCCGAGGUGAGAAGAUUCCUCUAGACUGGGCUCUAGAUGGAGAGGGAAAGCAAACGGAUGACCCGACUGAGGCCUUGAAAGGAGUUAUGUUGCCAAUGGGAGGCCCCAAGGGGUCGGCCCUCGCGGUGAUGAUGGACGUCUUCUCGGGUGUCCUUUCAGGAUCAGCCUUUGCAGGCAAUGUGACUGGUCCAUAUGAUCCAUCGAAACCAGCAGAUGUUGGGCAUUUUCUCAUUGCGAUCAAGCCUGACUUGUUCAUGCCCUUGGAAGAAUUCCGGGAGCGUAUGGACUACCUGUAUCAACGGGUGGUUGGCUCGGAUAAAAUGCAUGGAGUCGAUAGGAUUUAUUUCCCUGGGGAGAUUGAGCAGCUGAGACACGAAGAAAGGUUGCGCGAUGGAAUUCCUCUCGCAGAUUCCGAAAUCGAAGCACUGAAUGUUGAAGCUGAACUUGCUGGCACAAGUCCGAUUGCCACGAUGUGAAAAUACGGGUUGGAAC